AGCCAAAGGGAUUUCAUGUGCUUGAUGUGAUCAAAAGGAGAAUUGAUUAAUAUGGAACUUGAUCUUCGUAUUGCAUGUGGUGCGAAAUCCGGUCAGCAUGGGUGAAUGGAUUGCUGAAAAUACGAUUGGUAAAUGGCAGCAUAGACUUGAUUCAUCCGGUCAUGAACGUUUGGACGAACACGGAAUAGAAGGAAAGCAAUACAGUUGUGAAGGAAGGUCUUAUGUAUGGCAGAAGAACAACUCGUCGCAUAUUUAUGAUCCUUUUCGCGAAGAUGAGCCGCGAGUUUGUGCUCUGGAGAGCUUGAACCCAAACAGCACAAUGAGGAAGAAGUUGUGUAAGGGCCAGAGCUUUGAUACCAGUGACAUAGAGUUCAAUGUUGAUGUUCUUUACAACUAUCCAAGCAGUCUUCCCCCAGAGAAUGACUUAGAAGAAUACUUUGUGUUUGAUGAUAUCCAUGGUGACCCUUAUGACCCGGUGAAAGGGGAUGAAUAUUUACUGUGCCUGGACUUCUCUGGUGAUGUCUCUGAUGCUGUUCUGACAGUCAUGGGGAAACACAGGAGAAAAUGGAGGUUCAUGAGGGCCAAGCAGCACAGACUGGGCCAACGCCAACCUGUCCGUGUUGAUAGCAUGGAAGACACAUUGAACAAACUUAAAAAGUCUGAUGGACCUGGUAAGCCAAAGACGCUGGUGAUACCAAAGUCAAAUACCACAUCAGCCAUCGGAAAAAGGGACGGAGAUAAGACUCCCUGUGGUGCCUUUAGACCGAUCCAAUCAGACCCAGUGUUGGGCACCCAGAUGGAAAACCCUUCCAAAGAAACAUCCACUCAGUGCAAUGUUCAAAAGACAAACACCCGAGGAGUGAAAGGUGGCAUGCUGAACAGGCAGAAGAGAACUAUGUCGAUGCCUGAGCCACCGACUAAGGGCAAGCUCAAGAAACUACAAAGUCAGAUAUCAUCAGUAUUCAAGAAGCGGGAGAGCUACCCCCAUGACGAAGCUUAUACCAGGUACUCCAGGAAGCGAUAUGUUUCUUCUUCUUCCUCUUCAUCUCCAGAGACCUCCCCCAUCAUUGUUUCCUACCUUUCAUCACCAGAAGACUGUGAGGAUGUCGAACCAUUCGGGAAAAUAGACAUUGAUGUCGAGGAGCUAGAGAAGGAAGCGAGUGAAUUUGAGGACAUUGUAGAACCGCGGUGGGUGUCUCAAUCAAGUAUAUUAUUGACACAUGGUCUGGUUCAUCAAAACAGUCAAGAGGAAUGUACCGAGACUGAUGAAUGGUUUGUUUCGAAGUCGGGAGAGUACAUGUACUUGAUCAAAGAUUCAGAUGCGGACGGUGAAGGGAUGGGAUUGUCUAGCAGCACACAUGAUUCAUCUGCAGUCAAUGUUGAAUUAGUUCCUGAGAGUCAUGCUGCCAUCAGUGGUGAAAAAGGGAUAGGUUCUGCUGCUAGCAGUUGUGAUGGGGAAAGAUCAGAAGGUGUGAGUGGAAGCGACGCUCAGCUGCGGAUCUCCCGGCAUUGUACUUCUUCACUCACUUUAGGGACCAUGAAUAAUGAAUUCCAAUUAACUGAAGCAAAACUUGGUGCUGUAAGCCCAGACACUGUUGGCCCCGGGGCAGUAGUUCAGGCUCAUGGGUUUGUUGAAUUGUGCACUUACAGUGACGAUAUCAUUAAUCAUGAGAGUCCCGUAGUGGAGAUUUCAGAGCAAGGGUAUGUGACUGCUCCAGAAACAGACAAUACACCUGAAUGUCAGGAAUCUGUACCAUGCGAUGAUGAUGAUGAAAACGACAACACUAGCGUUUAUUCUUCAUGCGACGAUGAAACCAUGACCGGUAAACUUUCCAGGGACCUACAUGUGCCCUCUCCAGGUAUAGUCAGCAUGGAUAUGGAGAAUGUGAUCGUCACUGCGUCAUUGCCGGUUGGUGCUAACUUGGUACCUAAACCGGACUCCAUACCCAUGUUGAUGGAUGCUCCUCCCCCUGGGGACACCACACCUUUGGAUGGAGACCAUUCUGAGAAGGAUGGUGGCAAACCUGAAGGAGCGGAAGACGGUCAAGAAGGGCAACAGGAGGAUGGGGAAGUCAACUACAGUCAACAUGUUGCUGCAUCCCUCGUCAACAACACCAUGGCCAUCAUGCUUCUUGUAGACCACAAGUUGUAAGUAGACGAUACAACAAAGUUUUGAAUGCUGUGGUUAAAUGUCUUCAAACAUGACUAACCUUGAAAUGCUGUUCUCGUAUUUAUUUUAACCAUUUUUUGUUUGCAUUGCUGAUUUGAUGAUUUCACACAUUUUUGUUUUCUUGUGUGUUCAAAUGUCUUUUGAAGAAGCUGCUUGUUGAUUUGUGUUUUCAAUCAAGUAUUUUUCUAGAAUUUGUUUUAUAUUUUUCCAAUUUCGAUGGAGUUUGGCAAUUGUGUUAGAAAAUGUUGUAGAGUACCAGACAACAAAUUUAUUUUUAUUCAAAAUUGGUAACCCAUCAUAAUCAUGUUUGAUAAUGUAUCACAAACUUUUUCUUUCAGUGUUUGAAGUGUUCAAUCGUAAUGUGAAGGAGUUGGUUAUAAAUGAAUUGAUAUAUUAUUUUAAAGUUUAUUUUAAUAUGCAAAUUAUUUACUUUGUUAUUGCAGAAUUGAUUUUCAAAAUAUUUAUGUUGUGCUUAAAUCUAUAGCUAACAUGCACAUAGUGACUGUGUUGAGGAGUUUGAUUUGCUUAACCAAUAAUUUAAUGUUAUACUGUACAAUUUCAUUUUCACAAAUGUAUUGAAUUUACUUGUAUAGUAACUGAUUAAACAAGUUCAUCAUUUCAUUAAGUAUUUUAUUUAUUGUAUCACUAGCUCAGAGUGUUGAGCCAAAUCUCAGCAAUAUAUGCCCUAUACAGCGCAUUGCGCUUUGCGCAUUUGUUCCGAAGCUUGCAUGCGCUCGCACAAUUCUUUCCAUUUAAGACCUCUUUAUUAUUUCCCCUCAUUUAUCCAUCUAAAAUAUGUAAGAUUUGUCUGUUGAUAUACAUUAGAGAUAGAUAGAAAGAAUAGAUAGAUAGGUAGAUAGAUAGAUAGAUAGAUGGAUAUGGAUGAAUGGAUGAAUGAAAAUAAAUGAAUGAAUAGAUAGAUAAAUAAAUGAAUAAAUACACUACUCAAAAAAAUGUAAAUCAUUGAUUAAAAAACGUCAUUGAAGCAUAUGCAAUAUUUUCAAUAUCUUUUACACAUGAAUGGUGCAAAUAUAAACUUAAAAAUUUACAUAAAUACCAAACAAGCACAGAUUUGAUGACUUCAUGAAAACCAAACAGCAACAGAUUUGAUGACUUUUCGAUUUUGUUAUAUAUAUUUGUGCCAUGUGAAGUAGCAGGUGUACAGUGACUGCAAAUGUUUGACUUGAACAUAAUGGAUACCAGCACUCAAUAGGUGGUUUCAGACCGCCUCGAAGUUUGUCAGUUCCAGGUAUUUUUUAUCGGGAAUUUUAUCCCAACCAGAAAAUACCAGGUAAUUUGGCAGUGUGAAAGCAAGUUAUGUGUAAUCUCCCCCCCGAAAGAAUAUACCCGCUAAAUAGUAGGUACUUGUCAAAAUUACGAGAACUUUCGCAGCGCGGGAAUUUUUCCAUGGUCGCAGGUAUUUUGGCAGUGUGAAAGCAAAUUAGCAAUUUUGAAUCUCGCGCCUAGCUUGCUUAUCAGACGACACUGCGCAUGCUAGUAACUUCAGGAACUUAUCCCGAAGGGUAUGUUUUGGGGCGGUGUGAAUGUGAAAACAAUUAACAGGAUUUUUUUUGUAGCCUGAAAAAGUUGUUGUAAUUUAAUGGGUAUUCUUGUGAUCGAGGCGGUUUGAAACCACCCUAUGUAUCAUACCAGUAAGGUAUCUCAUUCUCUAGUACACUCAUCUUGCUAACAGGGGGUAGUCACCUGUGAAUUUGACAAAGAUAUUGAUGAUCAUAUUAGAAAAAUAUAAAAAAUGACUUAUGAAAGCAUGCUCCAUACAUCAGUUGAAAUUCAGCAAAGUAUGGUUGAUUUAUUAUUCAAAACUCAUAACCGUGAACCUAUUUUGUUUACUCAUCAAAAUGCAUUAGUGGGAUUGUAUGAGUAAAAUACAAGUUGUGGAAAAGAAAGGAAUAUUCAAAUUUAUUAAAGGGAUCUUUAACCUGAAUAUGUAUCUUGGGUCGAUCAGUAUACUAAGAUUGCCCAGGAUUGAAAAUGGUAAUUAAAUUUCUAUUUCAGCCGCAAACUCAAUCACAAUUGGGACAGGGGGCUCUACGCCACAGUAAAUUAGUUAACUUUUUCUGUCCCUGACGUUCCAAUGGUUGAUAUUUGUUAUCUGUUAUUGUUUAUACUGAAAUGUAUUGUUCUUUGUAAUUCUCUUUGCCAAAUAAAUAACGAUAAUAUAGUAACUGCAAAUUCUUUAGGUAAUACAAGAAUGGCUCAAUGACCUAGCUAAGUGGUCGGUCUCUUAAUACAUAAUACAAAAGAGCACUACAUUUUCAUUAUCAAAUAUUAAUAUGGAUGCACAUGAUAGAUUUGUUUCCCAGCAUAACGCGAAGUGUGCAUUGUGUAAUUUUGUCGCCAUUUUCCACAUGUAUAUAUUCAACAACAAAAAAAUUUCACAAUGCAUUUGAUAACUAACUGCUUCAAGUGCAUUACCUUAUUUUUGAGAUGUUUAUUUUUUUGAAAAUCACUAUUGGAGGUAUUCUACACUAUACACUCUAUUCUAGAAAGCAGCAAUCCCUUUAACCUCGUUGCCACAAAAUUAAAGUUAAACCCUUUCACUUUCAUUACUCAACCCUUAUACAGACAUAAAGGAUUUGAAAGCAAGAGUUUCAUGUGUUAUAAAUGCUUCUCUUGGAGUCAUUUGUAAGUCAUAGUUCAUAAUCACUCAAAACCACCAACAAAUCUUUUGACUGUUAUCUACAAAAUAAGAAUGCAAGAAAAAGCCAUCAAUAUUCGUUUAAAAGACCUAUACAUCAUAUAGAAAAGAAAUAGAAAAGAUAACAUUUUUAAUGGUCAUAAAUUUGUCUAAUAGAUUGUACAAAUUUAUGAAGUUUUGUCAAAUGUUGUUAUAACCCUUGUACAUUUUUAACAAAAAUUUAUGCAAGACAGAUCAGGGAAUUAAAAGAGAUUGACUAUUUGAGGUACUGUACAAUGACGAUUCAUUUUUUUAUGCACUUUGCUGCUCAAUAGGCAAAGUUUAAUGGGUGUUUCCUAGGAAAUUUGGUUGAAAAUGUAGGGUGUUUAUUUCUGUUUUAUUAAAAGGAAAAGAGACAGGAUUAAGCCCAUGAGGAGUAUAAAAAUGGGGAAAUGACGCAUAGGCCUAUAUAAUUUGCAGUUAUUGAAACAGAAAUAUAUUGUAAUUGCAAGAUACCCACUCAUUGCCCAAGGUGAAUCUCACAUAUCAACAACAUAUAUCAGAACAUUUAUUCAUAUUUGAUAUGAAGUUUAAAACAAGCGGCACAUGUUCUUAUAAUCCUCUCCACACGCGAUACAUUAUAUUCAAGCAUUGAAUUUGCGACAGAAUGGGAAAUUUCAUAACAAUAUGAAUAGAGUUGCAUGUCAAUUUGAAUCAAUGCUCUGUACACAUGGAUGAGUACCACCCACUUCAAAAAGAAUCAAUAUAUUUUUCAGACAGCACAUGUGGUGCUUAAAGGGAAAGUGGGCAAUGCAUUUAUUUAGCAAAAUUUAUAUUUAACAGUGGGAGGGGUGUAUAAAAAUAAAUACAUUUUUAUUUCUUAAUAAAAUAGAGAAGGUACAAUUUACCAAGGCCCUUUGCCAGAGAUACUGGGACAAAAUCCACUUCACUGACAAUUGGCAGGGUUUUAUUAAACAAAUAAUGCAUGUAAGCGCGUGCAUGCAGGGCCAAAUAAUGAACGAUGUUCACAGAGUUCAUUAUUUAGGUCCUCUGGAUGCAAAAGAAUGCGCGCAUUGUUUGUUUUAUACAACACCCCCCAUGUUACUAGAUAAUUCUAGAUAAUUCCAGACCUCGCACUAUCCUGCACUCUGACAUCAGAGUGCAGGAUAGUACAUUUGGUAUGAUGUCAGAGUGCAGGAUAGAGCAUUUUGGAUGCAAUAGUGCAAUUCGCUGAAUAUCAUGUGAUCCGAUUUGGACCAAUUAGAUUACAGAACAUUCUUGGGAGUUGUAUGAAAUAAUAUCAUACAAUAUUUCAAAAGAAUAUACAUUUAUUGAAGUAUAUUGAUAAUAAACAAUUUAACACAUGGUAAGUUAAAGUGCAUAUAAAUCAGUGUAUUAAGAGAUGUUUAAACUACUUUGACAGCUUCAUU